UUUAGUAAUGUGUAGAUAUCUGUGCUUAUAGUUACAAAGAACUUGUUGCUAAAUUUGUGAUUUGUCUCGUGAUGGGAAUGAUUUAAAACAAAAACGUGUUUUACUACACUAAAAUGAUUCUUUUAAAUUAUUUUUAUAAAAUUCAAAUAAUAAUCGGAUAUUACUGCUUGUGUGUAAAUGCCGAGAAGGAUAAUGCAUACUGUCAAUGCAUGAGCAAACUAAAUCGGCAGUCAAUUUUCCAUUCCCUGGAAGAAUAUUGUGUUGUGAAUAAUGUUAAAUUUAACGCAACUAGCGUAAAAUUUGAGAAAAUGAAGAAAAUGGUCAAAAUCAACGCUGGUACAUAUUUCAUAGGAACAAACAAUCCAAUUUUUUCAGCCGAUGGAGAAGCACCAAAACGCGAAGUAGUAUUAAAUAAUUUUUACAUAGAUAAAUUUGAAGUGAGUAAUGAGGAAUUUAUGGCUUUUAUAAACGCCACUGGAUAUGUGACUGAGGCAGAAAACUUUGGAGAUUCCUUUGUCUUUGAAGGUCUUUUGACACAAAGCACAAAGGAUAAAAUCCAUAAAGCAGUUGCACAAGCUCCUUGGUGGUUACCUGUGAAACAAGCGUCAUGGCAACAUCCAGAAGGUCCAAAUUCAAAUAUCAUUUUCAGAAUGGAUCAUCCUGUUGUUCAUGUCUCCUGGUACGAUGCAGUUGCUUAUUGCAGUUGGAUGGAAAAGAGAUUACCAACUGAAGCAGAAUGGGAAGUUGCGUGCCGUGGUGGACUCUCUGAUAGACUCUAUCCUUGGGGAAAUAAAUUGAUGCCAAAUAAUCAGCAUAGAGCCAAUAUUUGGCAAGGAAAUUUUUCUACAGAAAACACCGAAGAAGAUGGAUACAAAGGCACGUCACCAGUUACAACAUUUUCACAAAAUAAAUAUGGUUUGCAUAAUAUUGUUGGAAAUGUUUGGGAAUGGACAGCAGAUUGGUGGAUAACAAAGCACUCACAUGAUCGACAAAUAAAUCCAGUAAGUAUGGGCCGGUUUUACCAUCUCUGAUGAGUUUAAUCGGCCGAUUAAGGGCCAAUUUCACGAACGUCGGUUAACUGUAACCUUCGAUUAAACCCACUUUUCAUCUCUUUCUGCCCUUUUAUGUAUAUUUCUAUCAACGCAGGUUAAUUUUAAUUUUGGUUUAACUUAACUAUCAUCUUUUCCUAGUUCUAAACGUUAGAAAAAGAUAGAAAGUAAGUUAAACCGAGAUUAAAGUUAAUCUACGUUGGCAGAAAUGGGCAUUAGAAAGAGACAAAGAGUGAAUUUAACCGAAGGUUACAGUUAACCGACGUUGAUAAAACUGGCCCUAAGUGUCAACCAACUAUUGGUUGAUUUGCUUAACGACAAAUACGAUUGGUUUCAAUGGAUUAAUCGGCCGAUUAAACUAAUCGAACAUGGUGAAACCAGCCCUAUUUAUCAGAGAUAGAAAAGUUACUUUUUAGAAGUAAUUGGUUAACAUUACUUGGUAACGACCAAGUAAAAAAAGUUAGUAACUGUCACUAGUUAAUGAUUCAUGAAAGGGUGUUAAAUUUCAAACUUAAUAGGUCGAUAACUCAAUAAAAUAUCGAGAUCUGCUUUUUUCGGUUGUAUUGUUUCGAGACGGACAAAUUUUGAUAACAAAAAGAUUGAUUUUGGGUGGAGGCGUCAAGUUCAAAUAAAGGUCAACUUCAUUUUUUUAAAUAGCAACAUCAUUUUUUAAACACCUACGUUUGUAGCUCUUCUCAUUAUGAGUUCAACAGAAAAGAAAGCCAGAGUCGAGUCCGGAAAACACAGGGAAGAAAG